ACAUGGGAACUUUGGAGUGGUGCGUUUUCUGUCAGUGCCGAUUUGGAGGUAAUACCGUCCACAGGAAGCGGACUGUCAUUCUGGCUGUGUCCUUGUUAGCUAACGAGCUAGUUAGCUGCCAGGCAAAUGUGUACCAUUUGGAAAGAUGAAUUAAACUUUGCUUAAAGGGUGGAUUUGAAAGAGAUUUGUGUUAACCCGCUGUUAAUAACAGCACCAUGUUGCGUGUCGGGAGCAAAGCCGCCUGCAUGGCCUGCAGGAACCUGGUCUCCACCAACAUGGGGGUGAGAUUUCUGGUACCACUGCAGAAGCUGCACCCUCUGUCCCGUGCCAUCCACCACCGCUAUUCGGGAAACACCAACCCUCAGCGACCUCCUCAUCGCACGGCAGCCCGCUAUUUCAACUCCAUGUCACGGUUGCCCAUGCGGCCACCCAAGCCUCCCCCUAGAUCAGGAGGCCGUAGCUACCAGCAGCAGCGCAACUUCUGGGUGGCCCGCCUGGCAGCUAGGCUACUGAAGCUCCGAUACAUUCUGCUGGGCACGGCAGUGGGAGGAGGGUACACAGCUAAAAAGACCUAUGAGGAAUGGAAGGACUUGCUGCCCGAUUUUAGUGAAUACAACUGGGUCAUUCCUGAUUUUGUCUGGGAACUGAGUGAACAAAUUGAUCUUGAUAAACUGGCCAAAGCUCUACCUGAGAUGGAAGAAAUAGCCAAACUACUACCUGACCUUGACAAGAUAGGAGAGAACUUCACUUUCCUCAAAAGCCUCCUGUCUUCCGGUGUGAGUUUGGGUAGUGAAGUCAAAGGAGCUGGUCUGCAUCUGUUGUUAGAAACCUCAGGUGAUCCUCCUCUAAAAGCCACAGAUUCUUCUGCUGCGGCCACACAAGAUGCCAGUGACAAGCAAUACAAAAAGGGUCUGCUCGGCGAGCUCAUUCUUAUUCAGCAGCAGAUCCAGCGGCACGAGGAGGAGGUCCGGCGGGCCGCUGCAGCCAAUAGUGCGCGUCCCCCACCGCCAGAGCCUGCUCCCAGUCCACCUCCGAACCCCAGCCCCCCUCAAGAGAAACGCAAGUCAUCAGACAAAGAAAAGAUAGACCAGCUUCAAGAAGAACUGCUCCGUACACAGCUAAAAUAUCAACGCAUGCUGGAGAGACUGGAGAAGGAGAACAAAGAGUUAAGGAAAGUGGUGCUGCAAAAAGAUGAUAAGGGGAUUCAUCAAAGGAAAGUGAAGAAAUCCCUUAUUGACUUGUAUUCUGAAGUUCUGGACAUCUUGUCUGACUAUGAUGCCAACUACAACACGCAGGACCACCUACCCAGGGUGGUUGUGGUCGGGGAUCAGAGUGCUGGGAAGACUAGUGUGCUGGAGAUGAUAGCUCAAGCCAGGAUCUUUCCUCGGGGCUCAGGAGAGAUGAUGACACGCUCUCCUGUCAAGGUAACACUAAGCGAAGGCCCCCACCAUGUCGCCAUGUUCAAGGACAGUGGCCGAGAGUUUGACCUUAAUAAGGAGGAGGAUCUUGCUGCUCUGAGGCGUGAGAUUGAGCUGAGGAUGAGGAAGAGUGUGAAGGAGGGACAGACAGUCAGCUCUGAGACGAUAUCGUUGAGUGUCAAAGGCCCCGGCAUCCAAAGGAUGGUGCUUGUUGAUUUACCAGGUGUCAUCAGUACGGUGACUUCUGGCAUGGCAUCAGACACUAAGGAAACCAUCUUCAGCAUCAGCAAAGCCUACAUGCAGAACCCCAACGCAAUCAUCCUCUGUAUUCAGGAUGGCAGUGUUGAUGCAGAGCGGAGCAUUGUAACUGACUUGGUUAGCCAGAUGGACCCCCAAGGCAAGAGGACCAUCUUUGUCCUGACCAAGGUGGACUUAGCUGAAAAGAACCUGGCCAGCCCGAGCAGAAUCCAACAAAUAGUGGAAGGAAAGCUGUUCCCCAUGAAGGCCCUGGGUUACUUUGCUGUGGUGACGGGCAAAGGCAGCAGCGGUGAAAGCAUAGACUCCAUUAAAGACUAUGAGGAGGACUUCUUCCAGAACUCAAGAUUACUGAGGGAUGGCAUGUUGAAGGCCCACCAGGUGACUACGAAAAACCUGAGUCUGGCCGUCUCUGACUGCUUCUGGAAGAUGGUUAGGGAGUCUGUUGAGCAGCAGGCUGAUGUCUUCAAAGCGUCCCGUUUCAAUCUGGAGACAGAAUGGAAGAACAACUACCCGCGUCUGAGAGAGCUGGACAGGAAUGAACUGUUUGAAAAGGCCAAAAAUGAAAUCUUAGAUGAAGUCAUUAGUUUGAGUCAAGUGACCCCACAACACUGGGAGGCCAUCCUGCAGAAGAAGCUGUGGGAACGUGUUUCCACCCACGUAAUUGAGAACAUCUACCUGCCUGCUGCCCAAACAAUGGACUCGGGUACCUUUAACACCACCGUAGACAUCAAGCUCAAGCAGUGGACUGACAAGCAGCUUCCACACAAAGCACUGGAGGUUGCCUGGGAGACACUGCAGGAAGAGUUUGCCCGCUUCAUGGCUGAAUACAAAGGCAAAGACCAGGACGACAUCUUCGACAAGCUGAAGGAGGCUGUGAAGGACGAGAGCAUCAAAAGGCACAAGUGGAAUGAGCGAGCCAUGGACAGCCUGAGGGUAAUCCAGCACAAUGCCUUAGAAGACCGUUCCAUCACAGACAAGCCUCAGUGGGAUGCAGCAAUCCAGUUCAUGGAAGAAACCCUGCAGUCACGCCUCAAAGACACCGAUUCAGUAAUCAGAGACAUGGUGGGUCCAGACUGGAAGCAGAGGUGGCUGAACUGGAAGAAUCGCACACCAGAUCAGCACAUUCGUAAUGAAACAAAAAAUGAGCUGGAGCGUUUGCUGAAGCUGCAUGAUGACCACACAGCGUACUUGGCCAAUGACGAGGUCACCACAGUGAGGAAGAACCUUGAGGCACGAGGGGUUGAAGUUGACCCUGUGCUGAUCAAGGACACGUGGCAUCAGCUGUAUCGCGGGCACUUCUUGCAGAAGGCGCUGGCCCACUGUAACCUCUGCAAGAGAGGGUUUUACUACUACCAGAGACACUUUGUUGACUCUGAGUUGGAGUGCAAUGAUGUGGUACUGUUCUGGAGGAUUCAGAGGAUGCUGGUCAUCACAGCCAACACUCUCCGUCAGCAGCUCACCAACACUGAGGUGCGCCGGUUGGAGAAAAAUGUGAAGGAGGUGCUGGAUGACUUCGGGGAGGACAUGGAGAAGAAGACCCAGCUUAUCACCGGCCGCCGAGUCCAGCUGGCUGAGGAUCUCAAGAAAGUUCGUGAGAUCCAGGAGAAACUUGAAGCCUUCAUAGAAGCUCUUCACAAGGAGAAAUGAGAGAACUAGAACUAUUUCAAGUAACUUUUUGGAUCACAGCAGAGAAAUGCACUGAACAAAGACAAGUAAAUCUUGUAAAUGACCGUCAUCACCCCCUCGCCCUGCCUCACCACUCACCUGAUUUUCAGGCCCCCGGCUUGGCUUCCUGUCUCCCCUGGACACUGAUGGAAAGAUGGACCUGAACAGAAGGAUAAGAUGGAGGAACAGUUUUCAUAUUCUCUUUGAUUUUCUUUGUUUUUAUGUUUUUUGUUUGUUUUUGUUUUUUUUGUUUUUUGCGUCAUGUCCCGCAUCAAGAGAGAGACUUUUGCACAGGAACCCAAACAAACACAGUCGAAUCAGGAGGAAAAUGAGAAGCUUGCACAACGCUUUCAAUAAAAGAGGAUAGCGCACAUGUUUAUGUCCCACUUUCUUAUUUUUAUUAGAUUUCCUUUUUCUUUUUUUUUUUCCUGGCCUGGGGUGUUUGUGUAUACGUGAUUAUACGAGUUUGUGUAUUCACUGAUCUGUGUACAGAGAAACACUGACACUGACACUGGUCCUGAUGGGUGAAAUAGCCUCGAAUUUCAUACUUUUGUCUCACCUGGUGCUCACAAGUUACGUCAAGUUACCUGGCUGAUAGGCUCAGAAUUUGCCUUUAUUUAACGUUCAAAAGUAAUUUGUAGUUGCACUUAGGAUCUAAAGCACUUAAGUUAUCCCUCCAAGAUCUAACUGUAUUUUCCAUUUACUCCACAUGUAACCCUAAAUGAGACUUUAGUUCCAGCAGAUGUUCUCACCUUAAAUCUGUAAGAAUGGAAGGCAACUACCGGGUUCAAUAUUCAGCUUCAUCUCCGUUGUAUUAACAGGAUGCGAUCAGCUCUGGAGGUGUUGGAAACAAUAUUACGGAAAGAUUUCACUUAUUGUUAUUUUGAGCUUAUGGGGUUUAUUUGACAAAUAACAUGCUUGUAUGUCUGCCAAAUGCACAUAAUGCUCCCGUUUUGUCUCUGUAAGUCUGUGUGUGAUGCGCCAUCAGUGUGCAUUAAUAUCUUCAUCUGCUACAAUAGCAAAACUUCCAAAAGAAAUAAUAUGACACCUUCUUAAUAGAUUAAAAAUGUAAUUAAACAUAAAUUCAGGAUGUUUGUAAAUCAUUUAGACACAUUAUUAAACUAAGUGCCACAGUUUUUAACUGAUUAUGUGAUCAUGUAUUUGAACAUAUUACAUUGUUAUACCUUUUAUUAGGUUUAAAAUGUCAUUACUCAACAUCCAUAUUGCACAAUCAGUUAAAAAUGUUUGUCAUCAUAACAGUUUAAAAAUACAUCACCAACCAAUUUAGAGGUACAGGUGAUUGAAUCGUCAUGAAGAUCUUACGCCUCGUCCUGCUUCAGGGAUGAGAUCAAACGCCCCAAAACCAAGGAAAAUGUAAAGACGCUAUCCUCAAACUCAAGAAAAAAUGAGAAACACAAAAUUCUGGUGGCUGAUUCCAAACCAAAAAUGUAUAUUGCCUUUGUCAACUCACUGAUUUUUCCACCUGUCACUGUCCAGGGCCAGAUGUUUCCCAAGCUUGUGCUUCUUCCUCGCUCAUCCUAAACCCUCCUCUUAUCUCACCUGGCGUCACUCUCUUUGCACCUCCUUCAUCUGGACCAUAGUGACUCUUUCCAUCACCCAUGCAGACACCCACUCGCUCUUCCUAGCUUGAAAAACUGUCCUAUUUGACAUGAAAGGGCGGGAGCGACUGUGUUGACCCUACCCAUUCGUUGAUUCAUUCAUAUGUGUAUAUGGGUAUUUAUAAAUAAUAUGCCGUGCAUUCUGUACAGGUAAAGUUAAUCAGAAGUUAUGGAGCUGCUAUCAUGUAGAGUGAGCCGCCUGUGUAACAGAAAAUUGGUGAGGUGGUUAAAAAUAACGUUUUAUGCUGUAGAAAGUAAUGUUUGCAUGGUGUACCCCAUCAGCUGUGCUUUAUUUAUUAAAUUUGUGUUUAAAAGAAAAACCGUGAAAAUAAAAUUAUAAAAUUGACAUAAA